AUGAACAACUCGACAACUCAAUACGUGGAUGUCACAGCAAGGCAGAAAGUACAAGUCAUCAUAGUUCAGUUCCUGCUGUCUAUUUUUCUUUACAUCGACACCCUGCUUAUAGUGACGUUCUUCCAAAAAGAGUAUUUUCGCACCAGCAUGCGCUAUGUGUUUUUUGUCCACACCUUAAUUUGUGACUGGAUAUAUCUAUUUAUUUCAAAUAUUCUGCUAAUCCUGACCUACUUCAGUAUGCCUAUGUUUGCUUGGAUAUGUAUCAUCCUGCUCAUAUUGAUGUCACUCUUAACCUUCAGCACCCCACUCACGAUGGUAGCCAUGAGCUUAGAGCGCUAUAUAGCCAUAUGUUUGCCCCUGCGCCAUGCUGAGAUCUCCACCAGCCGCAGGACUAUCUACUGCAUACUCUUCAUCCAUGGUCUGAGCUCUAUACAAAUCUUUGUUGUGCUUUCUAUCUUCUUUGCUUCUGUUUCUCACAGCUUCUAUAUGAUGUAUAAAGUCUGCAUGGUGGAAAUGCUCAUUGUUCUCAAGUGGCAGAGCUAUGUUAGAUCUGCUAUCUCUCUGUUUUACUUCUUGAUCAUGUCAUGUACUAUCCUGUUCACUUACGUUAAAAUCGUGACAGCUGCGAAAAUGGCAGCAUCAGGCCAUAAGAAAUCCAUCACCAAGGGUCGGAACACAGUGCUUCUGCAUGGCAUGCAGCUCUUUCUUGGUCUGUUUCAGUUCUGGACUCCAUUUGUGGAACCAGCUGUGCUGAGCAUCAAUGUUGAACUGUAUGUGUUUGUGAGAUAUUUUGAUUAUGUUGCAUUUAUUUUAGCUCCACGGUGUCUGUGUCCUCUUGUUUAUGGAUUAAGGGAUAAAAAGUUUUUCUCUGCCGUGAAAUAUUAUGUAUUUUGUGGAUUAAGA